GCUUACGCUUUCGUAUCUACUCGGACGUGUCUGCGAGGACUUGAUAAGAAUCAUUGGCAGACUGACUUUCCAGAUCCAAUGGUCCACCGUAUUCAUCCAUACCACACACACCCACCACUAGUCCAGCCCACCUAGGUAUCGUCCAUCCAUACAUACCUCAUCCUUCGAUUACGGUCUGACAGCUACAAUGAGAAAUACCUACCUACGACAUACGUGAAGAGACUUGAAAUCGUCACAACAAAUAAUAAAAUAACAGCUUCCACUUCGCUCGAGCUUCUGUUCGUCUUUCAGAUGCCAAAGCAAAAGCAAUCAUUUAACCACGACAACCCCAAACUUUCUACCCUUGUCUACUUUAACUUUUGCCUGCAUUACAACAACUUGCAUCUUUGUGCUUCGAUUUAACAACCCCCAAUAAGAUUCUGGAGGCCCCUCUCUUGAAUCUAUAUUCAAGCAGCGGCACUUCCGCAGAUUUCGUCCUGGCAGACGACAACCCCCAUAUACCACCACCAUCCUUAUCCAUUCCCGACGACCCACCCAUCCCGACUUCCCCUCGACGAUCAACCAGCACUGUCUUCUCAGCCCAAGCCCCUCUACCGCCAUCUCAUCGCAGAACAGAUCAAAUCGACUCUCCGCCUUCUUUCGACAGAUAUAACAUAGACUCUACAACAAGGCAAGCUGCUAGAACUCGCGGUACACCUCAAGCUGAGCUCCGGCCGAGACGUGCUCAAGACCAAGUCCUCGGUCGUAGACGUCGAGAUAAUACUAUUGACCGAGGGGAACAAUCAAAUACCUUUUCGAGUCCUGGAGACUCUUCGAAUCCUCCACACCUAGAAAGCGAACAUCGUAACAAAAGAAGACGUCAAAGUGCUAGUAUGAGAUCUCCAGGGGAGGAUAGUACUUCGAACGGUAGCUCAAAACCGUCCUCAAAUGGAGCCGGGUCAUCUCGUCUACACAAGGCAGCCCUCUCAAAUUCUACCAAUGGUGCACAUUCUUCCUCGGUAACCAUGAAUGGAUCAAGCACCAACGGUCACUCAGAUGCGGGUGCCAAAACAACAUCUACAUAUUUUGGGCAUGAUAGAGAAGAAGUUACGAGGAUCUUGAUCCAAGCUUUGACGGGUUUGGGUUACAAUGGUGCUGCAGCGAGAUUAAGUCAGGAAAGUGGUUAUGAUCUUGAAAGUCCGAUUGUAGCAGCUUUCCGAAAUGCAGUUUUACAAGGCGAGUGGACCGAAGCUGAUGAACUGCUUUUCGGAGGAUCGACAGAGGAAGGCGGUGUCAAUAUUCAUGGGAAUGGAUUGGUUCUCCGAGAUGGUGUGGACAAGAACGUUAUGAGGUUUUGGAUGCGGCAACAAAAGUUCUUGGAAUUACUUGAACGAAAAGACAUGGGCAGAGCAAUAAAUGUCUUGCGAUCUGAGCUUACUCCACUAUAUCAGGACAUCGCCAAGUUGCAUUUCCUAUCAAGCUUACUGAUGUGUACUCCUGAGGAUCUUAAGGUCAAGGCUAACUGGGAUGGGGCCGCUGGAGAAUCCAGACAUUUACUACUCUCACAACUGUCUAGAUGUAUUUCACCAUCAGCCAUGUUACCUGAGAAUCGUUUAGCCACCCUUUUUGACCAAGUAAAACAACAUCAGAUAUCGACAUGUGUUUAUCAUAACACGCACGAUUCCCCUUCGCUGUAUCAAAACCACACCUGUGACCGAAAUAAUGUUCCAUUGCUGCCCAUCAUGGAACUUACCAAACAUGCUGGUGAAGUAUGGGAUACAAAAUUCUCACAUGAUGGAACUCUAUUGGCGAGCUGUGGGAGCGAUGGGGUUCUUGUUAUUUAUAAUGUUCCGGAUUUCAGUGUUCACACUACCUUUUCUGAACAUGAAGGUGGAGUCUGUUCUUUUGCUUGGAGUCCUGAUGACACGAGAAUGAUUACAUGUGGCCGUGAUAACAGAGCUUUAUUGUGGAAUACUGCAACUAGCGAUUUAUUGAUGAAGCUUCCUCGUUUUGGGGAGCCUGUGUCCUGUUGUGUAUGGGCAGCGGAUGGACAAUCAUUUAUCACAGGCAGCUUGGCUACUACGAAGAACUUGUGCCAGUGGAAUCUUAACGGUGAGAUCGUAUAUGAUUGGGGCCGAGAUCAUCGUAUUCGAGAUAUAGCACUCACGCCAGACGGAAUCCGGUUAGUGGCUAUCGAACACUUGACCCAUCUCUAUGUUUAUAACUUCAUAACUCGCGAGCUUGAAUAUGAGCUGGACCUCAAAGUUCAACUAUGUUCGAUCCGCGUCAGCGAUAAUUCAAAGCACCUACUGAUACAUUGUAACUCUGGAGAAACACGCAUGUUGGAUAUAGACACUGGCGAAACAAUUCGAACUUUCGUAUCUGGGGACAAAGGGGGUGAAUUCAUCAUCAGAAGCUCUUUCGGUGGUGCCAAUGAAAGUUUCGUAGUUAGCGGAAGUGAAGAAGGCAAUGUUGUGAUAUACCACCGAGAGAACGGCUCAGUGGUAGAAAAACUAGAAGCUCACAAGAAAGGUUGCUGCAAUGCAAUUUCUUGGAAUCCAACGAAUCCAAGAAUGUUCGCUUCCGCUGGUGACGACGGCAAAGUUCGAAUAUGGUCAAGCGAAAAUAGCCUUCAAGGAGUUUCUUCUAAGCAAACUGUCUUCAACGACUCGCAGCGUGAAUCCAACGGCUGGUGAUUGGAAAUUUCACGCCAGUAUACGGGUGUCUCAUAACAUUUUAUGAGAAAUAACACUACAAUUUCUCGUUUCAUUGUUUUGCAUCAUUUAUCAACUUUAUUCUUAUUCAUUCACGUUACAUACAACUUUCGGGGCGGCGAAUCGGUGGGAUGCAGAAAGGAUUGCAUAUGGGUAGGCAUCAAUGGUGUUUGGGACAUUACAUGCGGUACCGGCAAUGGAGUUUUAGUCGGUGUGCGUUUUUGUAAAUUGUUUUGCAAUGCUUUAGACCUUUCACGUAUACGCUGGUGGAUUGAUGGCGAGUAAAUCGAGUCAUGGCUAUUGAAUGAGAUGUGGUUGAAUGGAAUGGCUAGGCAAGGCAGAUGCAUGGCAUGCCAAGAUAGAUAUCAUCUAAUGCAUUUAAUGCGAACUAACUGGAUGGUAACA